GUCAAGAUUUUUGCGGGAAUUCUAUAGAGCACACGUGAGAAUGUUUUUCCUCGAAGUUUACACUUCCUGACACGUUUAUUAAAAGAACUAAACUCGAACUUUGCUAUAUUUUUUUUAUUAAAUACUGUAUAUAUAAAAUUAUGCUAUUUUUUAACAUUAAACUAAAGAUUUAAACUAAGUUUAGUGACUAUAUACAAAUUUCUAAUCGGGCUCUCUUAAUAAACUAGUAUAUUAUUUUCAAAGUUUGCUGUUAUUACGAAUAAGUAAGCGUAUCACGGUUAGAAAUUAAUUGAUAGAAAUGUCUAAGCCGGCUGCAAUAUGUCGACUGGAUGAAUGUGUUGUUAAUCGGAUUGCUGCGGGGGAAGUUAUCCAACGUCCUUCAAAUGCACUUAAAGAAAUGCUAGAAAAUAGUAUUGAUGCUAAAGCUACUUCAAUACAAGUAAUAGUGAAAUCUGGAGGUAUGAAGCUAUUGCAAAUACAGGACAAUGGUACUGGAAUUAGGAAAGAAGAUUUGGAUAUUGUUUGCCAACGAUUUACUACCAGUAAAUUACAAAAAUUUGAAGAUUUGUCUGCCAUUGCGACUUAUGGUUUUCGAGGAGAAGCGUUAGCCAGUAUUAGCCAUGUUGCUCAUGUUACAAUUAUCACUAAAACUGCUGAUUCAAAAUGUGCAUAUAAAGUUUCAUAUUGUGAUGGAAAACCAAAAUCAGUACCAAAAGCUUGUGCAGGAAAUCAGGGAACACAAAUUGUUGUAGAAGACUUAUUUUAUAAUAUGAUAACACGUAGAAAAGCAUUAAGAAGUGCUGCAGAAGAACAUUCUAAAAUAACUGAAGUUGUAAGCAGAUAUGCAAUUCAUAAUGCCAAUAUUGGCUUUUCAUUAAAAAAGCAUGGCGAAUCUGGAACAGAUGUUCAUACUCCGUCAGGUUCAACAGUAUUGGAUAACAUUCGUAUUAUUUAUGGAAAUAGUGUUGCAAGAGAAUUGCUAAGUUUUGAAUGUGAAGAUACACAGCUGAAAUUCAAAGUAUCUGGAUAUAUUUCUAAUGCUAAUUAUUCAGUUAAGAAGUGCAUAUUUUUACUUUUUAUAAAUCACAGACUCGUAGAAUGUACUGCAUUGAGAAAAGCUAUUGAAUCCAUUUACAUUGCUUACUUACCAAAGAAUAGUCAUCCAUUUCUUUACAUGGGAUUAGAAAUUUCACCACAAAAUGUCGAUGUCAAUGUUCAUCCUACAAAACACGAAGUUCAUUUUCUUCACGAAGAAGCAAUAAUAGAGAAAAUACAGCAAUCUGUCGAUGCAAAGCUAUUAGGGUCGAAUAAAUCCAGAACAUUUUUAACGCAAGCACUGUUACCCGAAAUUUCUGUAACAGCUUCAACUGUAGUCAAAUCUAAUCAAGAAACUCAAAAAGUAUACGAUCAUCAUUUAGUUAGAACUGACAGUAAAGAGCAAAAAUUGGAUGCUUUUCUUCAACCAAAACCGAAAGUGGCAACAUCGGAACAAACUAUGGAAGCUCCUACUCCAAUGGAGGUUGAAGAACCCGAAAUAGAAACAGAAAAAGAAGAAAAUAGUAAAGAUAAAUUGGAACGUAGAGAAAUUCAAUUAACAAGUGUUCAUAAUUUAAUUAAAGAGGUAGAAGAAAGUUGUCAUAAUGGUAAACAUUUAUUUACAAAUUUACAUUUUCAUUUAAACAGCAUCAGUUUUUUAUUUUAGGCUAUUUGGCCAUUCUAAAAUAUUUUGGAUCUAUUUUGGUGUUAGACAGAUGAAAAAACCUGGAAAACUCCACAUGGCCAGCUUGUUGGUCAGAUGGAAUCCAUGAUUAAGUGUACAGUGGUUACAUUAUUAUAGAAAUGUGUUAUAAUUCUUGUGAUUAUUAAUUAAUCAAAAAUUAAUUUUAAUUAUUAAGAUGUACACAAGAUGGCAAUGUUAUCCAUCUUGUGUACACCUGUAAGCUAAAUACAGUGGACAAUUGGUUAGUGAACAAAUCGGACAACAAACACUUUUGCAAAAGAUUUUUGUUUGGACAAUGAACUCAAGUUCGGAUAACAAACAUCUCACAGAACAAACACAAGAAGAAGCAAUGUAAAAUAACAAAUACCGAUUGAUAUUCAUUUAUCUCCAGGUGACAAUUUGAAACCUUUCGGAGUGCGGGAAACGUUGACAUUGAUGUUCAACUCAAUACUGAUCAAAUAUUAUUCCUCUGAACUUUGAAACUCUUCCUUGUAAUUCCAGCCUUUUAUUUACCUUUGUGAAAGAAAUAAUUUUUUAAUCUUCACAAGACUAUCUAGCACUUGUUAAGUUUUGCAUCAGUUUUUAUUUUUGAAAGGUGAGAGUUUAACUGUCCCAUCAGAUAUUUGUUGACAUUUUAACACCAAAUUUCGAAUUUCAUCCGAGCCUCACAUUCACAUAAUUUUUUUGUGCACUAGUUGAUUUCUGUUCUUUGAAUUUUGUAAGUGCUUUUCUA